AGAAGAGAACGGAGCCGGCCUCGGCAGUCACGUCGCCGCCAUUGCAUUGAUUCGGUGAUCUGCCAGGCAUACCAUCCUUACCUACGUCAUGGCUGUCGUGAACAUGAAGAUAGUCUUCGUCCUGGGGAUCCUGUUUGGCGCAGGCCGGUUGCUGGUUGACAAGCUGUCGCGUCUCGCCUUCCCUUUCUGCGACCACCCGACCAAGUGCUUCGACUACGCGGAGGAGCUGGCCGCCAGCGUGGACCCCAGAGUCGACCCGUGCGACAGCCUGUACGACCACGUCUGCGGCAAAUGGGACAGGCAACACCCAUCUAUUGAACCGGGACUCUCGAACCAAAUCGCUUUGCUCCAACAUCGCGUGCAGUCGUUCGUGCUGGGCGAGCUGGAGCGUUCGCCGCCUGAGCACCCCGUGCUGUCAGUGCGAAGGAGCCUGACCGCGCUCCAGAGCUGCCAGAAAGUUUACUCCGAGAGCAGAGAGGACACAAAGGUUCUGUUCGACGUAUUCAAGAAGUUCAACUUCCAGUGGCCUUCCUUGGCACUUCCCAGCGACUUUGACCUGAUGGAUUACCUACUGGGCAUGUCGCUCGAGUACAACCUCGCGACGCCCGCAUUGCUUAGCCUCACACCGGACCUAACGACCGACAAGCGGUAUGGCCUGCGUUUGGAUAUCGAUGUGAAUAUCGAGAACGAUACUGUCGACACAGAAGUCAUAGCCAGAUGCAUCUCAUUGGUUGCGCCACCUGCGACAAGCGAUAAAGCUUCGAAAUUUGCCAAGCUAAUCCGCUCCGUUUUCUUGGACUUGUUGACUGCCGUGAACGCCAUGUCUGUCCAUGAACGGAUGACGCUCGUCUACACUACCAUCGAGAAGCUAGCGAACAAUACUGCCGGGCACAGCACGGGAGAAACCUGGCUCAAGGCGAUCAACAAACGCCUACCCCGUGAUCCGUCUUUCGGCAUGAGCGAAGACGUGCUGACAUUUAACAACAGCGGCCUGCUUCUCAAAACGAUCCUCGACAACGCGAAGCGGUCCAGCUACGCUGAUCUCGUGCUCUUCGCAGGCUGGAAUAUUGUCGCCAGUCUGCGUGCUGCCUUGUCAUCUUCGCUGUUGUACUGCAUGGAAGAAGGGGAUUCGGAGGCCCAGCUGGCCUCCAUGGCUAAAUGCUUGGACUACACGAACCAGGUUGCGCCGUUCGCCAUCGGUCGGUUCGUCAUCGACAGCCUGGAGCUACACCGUAGCAUCAAUUACACGAAUAACACAUGGAACGCCUUGAAGAAGGCCACGCGAGAAAACUUCGCCGAUCUCUCGUGGAUGGAUCAAUCAACAGCCGAAGGCGCAGUCGAGCACGUCGACAGCCUUGUCACAGUGAUUCCUCUUCCAGAACAUCUCCGAACCAACGAGGCACUCGAUGCGUACUACGGUUACCUGGAUCCGGAUGUCUCGCAGCCGUUCAUUCAGUGGCUGUUCAAAACAAAGCACCGACGUCUUGAUGAGCAGAAGCGCCUUCUGGACAAAUCCACAGUGACAAUUUAUCGCGAUGACAUUCCAUACCAGGCAUACGUGGUGAACGCGUAUUACGUGCCUGUAAUGCACAUCAUGGCCAUCCUGCCGGCGAUCAUGAACGCCCCGUUCGUGCCACAGGCGGUGCCAGCGGCCGUUCACUACGGCGCCAUAGGAAAAGUACUGGGACACGAACUGACGCACGCCUUCGACCCACUGUUUAGCAACCUCACAAGGACCGGCGACACCGCCACGUGGUGGUCGAAUGAGUCCUUUCCCAAUUUCAGCAGCCGCCUCGAGUGCGUCAGAAAACAGCUACAGGGCUUCACUGACGACGAGGUGCACAGCAAGAACGCACUCUCAGAAACGUUCGCCGACACAGGGGGAAUCGAGAAGGCCCGGCUAGCCUUCUCCUCUCUGCCGGUGGAAGAGGGCAUCCUGGGAUACACCCAGGAACAGCUGUUCUAUAUCGCCGGCUGUUUCGAGUUUUGCGCGGUGGGCGGUUACCAUUGGAGCAAAAAGUCGCGGUACCCGGCCGAAGUGCUGCGGUGCAAUCUACCCGCCCGAAAUGAGGAGCGGUAUGGGGCCGCGUUCAGCUGUCCUAAAGGUUCUCCGAUGAACCCUGCCGACCGGUGCACAUUCCAUUGAUUGGAACAAAAAACAAUAAACCAUACAACUGA